AUGAUAGCUUGUGCAAAUGAAGUUCUGAGAAAAGAUGCUGCAUCUACUCUGAGUACAAUUGCACUUUCAAAUAACACAAUUACAAGAAGACAGGAUGGAAUGUCUAAUUUUGUUGAGGAGAAGAUUGUGGAAAUUCUCCAAACGACAAAUUUUUCUAUCCAGGUUGAAGAUAGCACAAUUCAUAACCAAGCUAUCCUGGUCUAUGUCAGAUUCAUCCAUGAAGAUGAUAUAAGGGAAGAAAUAUUAUUCAUUAAAAGUUUGUCUGAAACUACUAAUGGAGACGAUAUAGUCAGUGAAGUAAUGCAGUAUUUUAAUGAUAAAAGUAUUCCAUUGACUAAUUUGAUCAACAUUGCAUCAGAUGGAGCUGCAGCCAUGACUGGAAAAGUGAAAGGUUUUGUUUCUAGAAUGAAAUCAGUUGCUCCUCACAUUUUUUAUGUACAUUGCAUUAUCCACAGACAGCAUUUGGUUGCUAAGAAUAUUGGAAGUCACAUGGAAGAAGCACUCAACACUGUCAUACAUGCAAUUAACUUUGUCAAAUCAAACCCAGUGAAUAAUAGACUUUUUAUGCAAUUCUGUGAAGAUGAAGAUUUUAAAACCCUAUUGCUUCACACAGAAGUAAGAUGGUUGUCAAAAGAACUGAGCCUUGAAAGACUAGUGGACAUCAUCAAAGAAGCUUGA